GCGCAGUAAAUUCCAUGUUUGUCUUCCGCUUUAAAACAUGGAGGAAGCGAUAUAUGAUGAUGGCCAGGUAAUCAUGUUUUCAUCUUUGUUUUUCUAAUCAUGAUUGUGUGUCGCUCAUGGCUUCGUUAAAUGGAGACAUACCAAGCCCGCCGAAAACAGCGGGUAGCUGGUUGGAGUUUUGUGAGCGCCAUGCUCUCUCAAUUUCAGAACAGUUUUAUCGAGACUUCCUCUUGUUUAUAUCUCGACCAUCCAGCCCAGGGGUGGGGACGUGUGGCCCCAACCCUCGCGAUCCCAUGGAAUUCGCUAAAAAGUUUGUGGAAUAUUUUUUACAUCAAUUUGAUCGACAAUUAAAGCGAUCAUCGUAUUACUUGGAUUCUCAGGCUACAGACUCGAAACUUGUAUCUCGAAAUAUUACAGACGGUUCUGGCGAUGACCGCCGUCCAUCCAUCGCGAGCUCCACACGCUCUCAAAACGGAGGGGAAAUUGACCGACCCCUUACUGACGAUUAUUCUGACAAUGUAACGAGUGCGAGCCCUCCACCUCUCUCUCCUACAUCUCCAUCUCCUGUGAUGACGACACACAAAUCCAAAGGGUUCUUCAGAAGGUUGUCUUUCAGAAAUAUAAAAAAGAAAGGUCUAUUUCAUAAAAGCAAUCAUGGUACGAGUAAUAGUCCUCGUAAUGGUUCCAAUCAACAAGAUGGAGCCAUAAACAGUCAACACCGAAAACAUAAACAUGGAAAUCAUCCAAAGGCAGAUUCAGGUAAACAUGACAAGUCAAGAACUUCGCAACAAGGUGAAAUUAUCAAGGAAGGGUUAGUGAAUGUUUUGACGGGUGAGGAUUCGAAAGGAAAAUCUCGAUGGGAGAAGACCAGACUUGUACUAAUCAACACAAGUGGAGGUAUCCUGCUUGAAUUCUACUCUCCUCCCAAGUCAGUGAAGCCUAAAGCAGGUCUGUUCUGCUUCCUGAUCACAGAGGCACGAGUUACUACAGCACUAGAAAUGCCGGAUCAUGAGCACGCUUUUGUUCUCAAGGGAGAAGGGACAAGUGAGUUUGUGAUUGAGGCACACGACUUGCAGGAGUUAAGAUCAUGGCUAGAGGACAUUGGGCGGUAUAUCAGUCGGCCUUCAAUCAUGGAGGAGGUUGAUGGACAGGAAGCUGCCAUGCGACCAAGACUACCCACAGCACCAAGUGGUUCUAUAGAGAGAAAAGAAAACACAUCACUUGGCGUUCCAAUGAGGAGUACAUCCCAAGGCAGCCUGAACAGUAAUCCUCCAGAUGUUCCGCCGCGUCCUGGACCACAGCGACCUCUGAGUUCCCAUGGCGACAUCCAACACAACAGUCGUCUAUCCACAGAACUUAAUCCUUCACAACGCUACGGCAAUGAACUUGCAGACGCCCAGAGAGACUCGUUACCUUCAAUGGAGACCCAGAUCGAUGUCCUGCUCCAUGAUUACCCAUGGUUCCACGGUACACUGUCCCGGCUCGAGGCAGCACAACUAGUGCUACAACAGGGACAUGUUGGACACGGAAUCUUCCUUGUACGACAGAGCGAAACUCGCAAGGGCGAAUAUGUUCUCACCUUCAACUUCCAAGGACGAGCUAAGCACCUAAGGAUGACUAUAAACUCGGACGGUCAGUGUCGUGUCCAACACCUAUGGUUUCAGUCCAUCUUUGACAUGCUGGAGCAUUUCCGGACACAUCCUAUCCCGUUAGAGUCUGGCGGAUCAUCAGACGUUUCCCUCACGGACUAUGUUGUUGCUAUCGAACGCCCCCUCACACCGACAAUGGGUCGAGGCUCACCACGAAUACGAGGGGCUGGAAAUCACUCUGGGUCCAAUCCCAAUCUGGGUGGGCGGAGUCCUGGGGCAGUCGGUGGCCAAUCAGAUCUGUCCAGCCGUGAUAUCAUUGUGGUGAGUGGCUCUGUGAGAGCCCGGACAGAAUCCAUCGAGAAUGUCAUGAGGGAGCAAGGUCAAACCCAGACUCAAGGUCAAACACUACAUGGCCGGGCUAUUGAAAACCAGUAUUCCUAUGUAUAAAUAUCAUCAUCCUAUGUCAAGGUCACCAAGGAUAAUCUUUUUUUAUGGUCCAAUUAUAUAGGUAUCUUUUAUGUUUUAAGUCUAAUGAUAGCAGAGAAUGUGGAAAAAAGACUCGCAGAGAAGUAAGAUGGUGACUGGACCAUACAGGGUCUCUUGUGUUCAGUAAAAAAAGGAUCACUCUGGCAGUGGGAAAAGAAACUGAAAUAUUUGGAAUCACUCUGGCAGUGGGAAAAGAAACUGAAAUAUUUUGAAUCACUCUGGCAGUGGGGGAAAAACUGAAAUAUUCAGGAUCACUCUGGAAGUGGAAAAAGAAACUGAAAUAUUUUGAAUCACUCUGGAAAUGGGGGAAAAACUUAAAUAUUCAGGAUCACUCUGGAAGUGGAAAAAGAAAGAGAAAUAUUUGGGAUCACUCUGGAAGUGGGAAAAGAAAGUGAAAUAAUUGAGAUCACUCUGGCAGUGGGAAAAGAAAAUGGGAGUAUUCAGGGUCACUCUGGAGGUUAUAUAAGUAAAUGGAAUGUUUUGGAUCACUCUGGCAGUGGGAUAAAAAGUAUGAAAUAUUCAGGAUCACUCUAGAUCUGGCAGAGGGAAAAGAAUAUUCAUCUUCAUUUUAAAAGACAAGAUAGGAUUAUCGAUUUUCAUACUGAUUUCUUGAGUAAAGACCACAAUUUUUAAAUGUGUAGUAUUUGAUGAUCAGCUUAAGUGUAUAAAAACCCAAAAUAUGUGCAAUUUUUUUAUAAUUAAUUCAAUACAUGUAUUUCAUAUAUUUAACUGAAGACCAAGACCGUCAUACUGUUAACAUACUUACUUUAGAGUUAUUCCAUUUUUUGCCGUUAAAUAUUUCUCUUGUUAUCUUGUUAUUUAGUGCUAUCGUAUUUAAGAACUAAUAUUCAGGAUAAAAGUAAUAUGAUGUUCUCAAAGAAUCAGAGAAUAAGCGUCAUGGUUGUUGACAGUGAAUGGAAUUGUUUAUUGAUAUAUUCAACGAAAGUGACAGGAUAUUGAUUAUAAAUCCAUAAUUGCUUGUUGGUUGUAAUUAGAAAAGCUUUCCAGUAGUAAUUGAUCUUAUAAUCCACUUGCUCUGUGUUCAGGCGAUUUCCUAGAAAGUUGAGAUAUAUAUAUAUAAUAUGAUGUAGUUAUAUUUGAUUUGUUGCUUUAACACAACAUGCUUCUUUACCGAGAAUUGGUUUGGAUCAAAUAAGGAUUGGAAACUCGCGUAUCAUAUGUAUAGACAAUAUGAAAUAUUCACUUUGUUUAAUUUCAUGGGGAAAUUAUAAAUUAUCAUUUGCUUCUGCAAUGACCCCCCUUUAAGCACUGGAAAAUAUGAAUGGUGAUUUCAAAUAAGUUUCUAUUGUUUAUUCAAUUUGGAUAAAGUGAAGUUAUUUGUUUAUUGGACAAGUUAAUAUUAAUUGAUUAAUACAUUUCAUUUGUCUUAUAUUUCUAACAAAUGAUAUUCUUUAUAGCUCUAGAUCUGUAUAGGCCAGUAAAUAGAAAAUUUACAUAAUUUGGCUAGCAAACCUAGCCGUCAUCAGAACCUUUACAAUUUCUUAUAGCUACAGCACAUCUCAGUCAUGAGUGAUUUUGAUUAUCUUCAUGCCAGUGAGCUAUAUUAUAGGUAAAUGAUGCUGACUGUAUUGACAAAUAUGAAGUUAAAAGUUCACUGUGUGAUGAAUUGACAACAUAUAUAUACAAUUUUGUACAUGUAAUGAAAAACACUAAAAAAUGAAAGAUGAUAGGUAUUAAAAGAAAAUGUACUGAAAACGUUCUGCAGUUUUGCUAGGCUGGAUGGUACGCCUCCUAGUUACCUCUUUUUAAUGUCUCCGCAUAAGCAUUUUGAUUUUACUAAUUUUUUAAAUAAAACAAAAUUAAGUAUGUAUACUGUAAAUCACUUGAAUUUCGUGAAUACUUUUUUUCUGCGAAUUUAUUUCAUCAGACAUAUUCGCAAAUAAAUGAUUUGCGAACACUAAACUAGAAAUGACUUUAAAUUUCGGAACAAUGAGCUAUAAGAUUCGUGGACACUGCAAGACUCUUAUAUCGGUAACCGAUAGCUUGACUGCAAUCAAAAAAUGUCUUUUUUGUAAAAAUAAAGACAAGUUUGACUCUCCUUGAGAAUAAAUGCGAAAAAUAAAUCCCACACCAAAUAGAAGUGAUUUACAGUAUGUCGUUAUUUUAUGAUUGUGUGGAUGGAUUAUUUAUGUAUAGGAUGUAGUGCUAUGUACUCCAUUCUGAUUGUGCUAAUAUAAGUAUGUUUACAGUUGUUUUAAGGUCAAGGUCAUUUAUUGAAGGUGAAGGUCAUGUGAUAUAUUUGGAGAUUAAAUUCUGUGGAGAUGUUUGGAGGACAAAAUGGUUGUUUUUCUCCAAUGUUUGUAUGUUAUUGUACAUUUUAAAGGCUUUUUGGAAAUAAUUGCAGCUUCACUAUUUGUAGAACAUUGAUAUGAAGCGUGAUAUUUGUGAAUUGUAUGUAUGGAUAUAUAUUUGGAUGCUUUUUAAUAAUUGUAUACAUUUUUGUGUAUGAAUGCGUUAUAUCAUCUUUGCUAUCCAUGCUAUCCAAGGGUUACAAUAUGCUUAAUCCCUUUGAAGAGUAGGUGAAUUGUAACCCAUGGCUAGCAAAGAUGGCGUUAUAUUUACUCUUGUGUAGAAAUGCGGUUGUAUUACAGAUUUUUUUUGCUAACAUGCUUUAUUGAAAUAUCAUUGUCAUAAUGUAUCUAUUUAUUCAUAUAACACUGGUAACAUUUCACUCAGACAGCCAAAAGACAAGCUUCUCAAGGUAGAGAACUGUUUACACCUUAUACUGUACAAAAAAUUGUCAUGGCAACUGUUUAUUUAUUGGGUUUUUGUUUACAAAAUAUAUUCAAUCAAUAGAAAUAUUUAGAUUUGCGUUCUUUUGAAAAUGAGAUCCAAGUGCUUUAUUCAUAGAUUCCCCCUUCCCUCGAUAUACAACUAACAUAUCACGGAAAAAGGUUAUAUACGGAAAUUUUCACUGCAAACAUGGAAUGGAAUAGGUAUAUAGACAGUGAAAAUUUAAAUAUAUACAUUGGAAAUUACACUGCAAACCCACAUAAUACAGUACUAUGCAAAUACAAGAAAGGAAGCAUUUCGGACAUGAAACAUCAAACAUACAACAGUUAAAUUCUAAAAGGUUGAAUUUUCAAGCAUGGAACAAGCAAUAAUUAUGAUAAAUAUUUUCAUUACAAACAGCAGAUAUAAAAAACUUUACAAUGGAAAGUUAAAUUUCAAAUACAGCUAAACUUUCAGCGCACCUAUGGAACAGUAAAAACACACAUUAGAAAUAAAUGUAAUUAAACAGUGACACUUUAUGUUUUACAGUAUUUAAUAUAUUAUCCAGACCAUUACAGAUAGUUGUAUGUGUUCAUUAUUACAAAGUUACUGAGAUACGGCUAUAUUGAACUUUGUGAUCACUUCCCUUACUUAAUCCAGCUGGUAUAUCUCCUGUUUAAUUACUGGUUGGUGACUGGGACAAAAGGCUAGUUGUUGAAUGCAAAUAUUGGUCUAAAUUUAAUUUGGAAUUAGUGCUCUAGUUGCUUCAUUCUUCGAGGGAUUUUGAUAAAAUUGCUUCAUUCUUAGAGGAAUUUUGAUAAAAUUGCUUCAUUCUUCGAGGGAUUUUGAUAAAAUUGCUUCAUUCUUCGAGAGAUUUUGAUAAAAUUGCUUUAUUCUUCGAGAGAUUUUGAUAAAAUUGCUUUAUUCUUCGAGGGAUUUUGAUAAAAUUGCUUUAUUCUUCGAGGGAUUUUGGUCAAGUUCACUAUUACUAUUUUUAGUGAGGGCCGGUAGUAGAGGGGACAUGUAUUGAUUCAGCAAAACCCAGUGUAAUCGAGAACCAGGAAUCUCUCCACUAUCCAUAAUUCUGAGCUGUUGACAAAAAGAUUUUUAAACUAGUCAGAAACUGGAUACUCGGAUUCAUUUUCUGAAUGGUCAGGGCUGAGGUUUGUCAAUACAUGUAUCUCUUAACUGUAAUUUUGUUUUUGAUUUUAGAGAAAAAUCUACGAUAAGGUACUAAGAUUCUUUAAUAUACUCAUGUGGAAAAUUUUAAGUAUGAGAACUUCUUAACAAAGUUAAAAAUCAUUGACGGCAUUCAGGCCAAAUCAAUGUCAGAUUGCAGUUUGUUGUCAUUAGUGACUAUUUAGUGACUUCACACAUAUUAUUAAAUUUUCCUCAACAUUUUAACAGUUAUCAAAAUGUUGCACUUGUUGACCCAGUAUAUUAGUUAGUCGAACCAUUGUUAACCUUUGUUAUCAGUCAUCAACCAAUUCAGUUGUCAUGGUUCCCAGCUGGCCGCAAGCCAUUUUUACGGUUCAAUUCGUACCAUCAUCCUUUCACCUUAUUUUGUUACCUCUAAAACAAUACCUAUUACAGCCAUCAUCUCCCAAAUAAGGUUUUACAAACUUUCCAGACUGCUUGUUAAGUCAAUACAGAGCAUUCAGUAUAUACUGCCAACAUUCUUAUUUCGGUGAACUCUUAUUUUAGCGCAAAACAAAAUUUAAACUGAAAAUACAAUGAUGAAUUGUUGCACUUAAAAUACAUCACAAAGAAAUAAUACACAGGCACAGUAGUUAGUGUAAUUAGCAAAGAGGUGUUCGCACAAAAAUGCUUAAACAGAUAUAAUCACCAAAAUAAAAUAUGUCUGCAGUAUUGUGAUGUGUGUUAAUAUACUUUUAGAAAUUACCAUAUCAUGUUGCCUUGAUUCAAAACCCUUUUUGUCUUUUUCAUUAAUCAUGUGAAUUUUUUUGUAAUUUUAAAAAAUAUAUUUGAAUUUAUAUAUACUUUCAAUGUAUAUGUUUAACGUAUUGAAUUAUGAAAGUUUGGGACAAUAUCCAGCUCUGCCAAACUGACCACAUACAGCACGCUUUGUCGUCCAUCUUUAGGUGUUUUGUUAAGACAAAUAAAUACCUGUAAACUAAUUUGAUUUUGUGCAUUGUUAUUUUUAUGCUUGGGCAACUUAAUAGUUCUUCUGGCAGAAUUUGAUUAGCAGAAUCACCUCACGGUGAAAAUAGUACUAGCAAAUGUUAAUUUUAUAGAGUAGAUAAAGACCUAUAUCAAAGUUCCUGCAGGUCCUUGAAACUCUUGAAUUUUCAUUUUGGUCCUCGAAAGUCCUUGGAGAUACAGAAAGUAAAAACCUAAUACUGUAUAUCCCAAAACUCUUGGAAUUUUGGAAAAUAUUACUUUAUUUUUUCAUAUGCCCAUUAAAAUUAGGCCUCUCAAAAUUUGAUUAUUAUUGAGUAUUAUGGUAUGGGGUUGUGCAUCUGUCUAACAUGAAGUUUUGUUUGUCCAGAUCUCUCCCUACAUUAUAUUUUGUUUAACUGAUCUCUUUUAAACUUUGUAGACUUUAUAACCAUGAUAUGUAGUUGUGUUUCUUGAGCAUCAUUUUCAUCACCAUUUUUGUAGAAGAUAGUGUCAUUGUUUACUUAAGUAUUUGAAUAUUGUCAGGAGAUCUAUAUAUUUUCUUCAACCGAUCUCUUUCAAACUUUUGCCUGUAAAUCCUCUCCCCCAGUUUCCAACCAACUUCUUUUGAAAUUGUACUUUCUAGAGGAAUUUUGAUUAAACAAUUAUAACGUUUCAUUUCCAUAUUGGUGUUCAUUUUGCUACAAUAAUGAAGGCAUAUCUUGGCAUGAGAUGGGCAUAGAUAGUUCUACCCUGGCCUGGGGUACACUUGUUUUCAAAUGCUACAGAAAAAUGAAGUACCAAUGUUUUUUUUCUGCUUCUAUCAUCUCUUUGCUAAAAGAUUGGAAUGGGAUAUUGUAAAAAUGCUGUUUGUCCAUCCAUCUAUCUGUCCUUCUGGUUCUACAUAUCUGCACAAUAACACAAAUUGAAGUACACCAGUUAAAUUUAAUCUUAUACCCUGCUUUCUUGUUGGGAGUGCUCACUUUGUAUUUAUUUCUGUUCGGGUAAAAAAGUAAAAUAUUAAGUUCACUGUUACUAUAAAUAGAUAACUGGUUUCCAACCAAUUAUUGAAGUGCCCUUGGACACAAUAAGCUGAAAUUUGAUAGUGUACCCAUGCUGACAAGACUUUCUUGGGAAUGAUUUUUGAUAUGAAAGGUCAAAUGUAAAGGUAAUACGUUAAUUUAAAAAGUAAAUGUUAUGUAAUUUAAAUGUGACAUCUUGGCUUGGUAUUCAUGAACUGUAAUUUUAUAUACUCAAGUGGUCAGUAUGAAUCAACUUAAAGACAGUAAAAUGAGUUAUAAUUAACACACAAAAGAUUAGUACAAUACAUUAUAUUUACUUUUUAGUGUCAAAAUCAUGUAAUCAACUGUUUGGCGCGUCAAGUUUGUUUGAUUUAUACCAGUUGCCAUUGGCCUUGUGGACCUGUCAUUGGUCCUGCUUGACUACACCAAAUUUCUUUGACUCUUCCUGACUAAUUAGACCUCAUGCCAUUGGCCCUAGCUGACUGUACAACAGUUGCCAUUGGCUUUGGGGACCAGUGGAACAAUGUCAUUGGCCCUGCUUGAUAGCACCAUAUGUCAUUGGUCCUUCUUGACUACACCAAAUUUCAUUGGCCCUUCCUGACUAAUUAUACCUAAUACCAUUGACCCUGCCUGACAGUACACCAGUUGUCAUUGGCCUGAUUAAAGCCCAGUUGUCAUUGGCCCUGUCUGACCUUAGAUCAGUUGUCAUUGGCGAUGCUUGACUGCAUGUCGAUCAGUUGUCAUUUUGUCCUGCUUGACUGAACCAAUUAUCAUUGGCCAUGCUUGAUUGUAGACCAUGACCAGUUGUCAUUGCCAUGCUUGGCUUAAGAUCAGUUGUCUUUGACUAUGAAGGAUCGGUUGAAGAUCAGUUUUCAUUUACUAAGCUUGAAUUGUAAUACCAGUUGUCAUUGACCAUGCUGGGUUUGUUAAACCUGUGUUAUUAAUAUUGGCCUUUGUGUGACAUAAAUAUUUCUGUACAUACUUGUCCUUUCUGAUUUAUUUGUGAGAAAGUAUUCAAAAUUGUGCAAUCAAUUGAUAAAAUGUUAAUUUUUCUUGCCAAUUUGUUAAUCCUGAUAAACAGUUUAAGAAAAAAAGGUGAUUUCCCAAUCACACAGUAUACAGCAUAAGCAUCUAACAAUUUUAUAUACAAUUUGUAAAGAGAUUAUGUAAAAAUAUGUAUUUCAUGCUUGUUCAUUAUGUAAAAUGUGAAUAUACAUGCAUUUCUACAUGUAGGAUAAUAUAUUUGUAUGUAAUUAUCUUUUUUAAUAAAAUGUUUAACUAUGUAAUUUAACACUAGUAUAUAUGUGAUAUAUUAUAUAAAUAGUGCCCUUGUCUGAGGGGAAUAUGGAGGUUUAUUUCCCCGAGGGAACAUUAUCUUCCCGAGCCGAUAGGCGAGGGAAGAUAAUGUUCUCGAGGGGAAACAAUCCUCCAUAUUCCCCUCAGACAAGGGCACUAUUUAUUUUAUUAUACCGAAUAGAUAUCAAUUUAUCGAUAUCCUCCUCAAAUAUUGAGGCAAACCUCUUGGACGUCUGCUCCAUGUUUACAAGUUGUCUGUGUCACUGUUGCGUUUGUAAGAAUUGUCUCCCUUCUCAAUGUUCGGGAUUUUCCGUAAGAAACAAUCGUGCGUUUUCGGGCGGAGCGGGGAACAUUGCAAUAUCCCACGGCAAUGUUGACCGCUGUUUCUGACACUGCAUAUUGUUUCAGGUCAUGUGAUUAGGAAUUGACCAAUAAUAAGGCGAGAAUCUUACAUAAGGUAUUAUGUAGCAUGUCUAUUAUACCGGUAGGUUGUAUUGUACCAUAUCGAUCCUGUCAUAAGCCCAGGGAACCAAAACAAGAAUUUUCACUCAAAGGGUUUGUCUGUUUAUUUGCUGUGUUUAUCAGCUCCUGAACAGCCAGGGUCAUUUUGAGGUGGGGUCUCCUUGUAGUAGUGGGUGACUACCUCACUGUACAACAUACGGGAGUCUGUCGUUGAGAGCAAUUAGGGUAAAGUGUCUUGUUCAAGGAUGCAACCACAAAAGCACAGACCAACCAGUUUCUAAUCAUCCCCAGAAACACGAACUGCCACGGGUAGGGAGCUUUGAAUGACGCACUACAGAUCUUCACCUGAGGUUAGGAGGUCGGAGCUCUUAACUGACUGAUUUAUCGCGACCCCUUUCAAAAUAGGGAGUGGGCUUAUUACAGGGCAAAAAUAUCAAAACAUAUUAUUUGAUGGACUGAUGGGCAUAUUGCUGGAUAAAUAUGGUACUUAAGUUAUCAUUAUAGCUGUCCGCAAUGAAUUGUCAUUUAGAUUUUUUGCCAGAAAUAAUGCACUGUAUCAAGAUAAGAGAUAAUCAUUCAGUCUGAUUUAUUGUUAAGGCAGAUUGACUUUAAUAGAAAAACUGGGAAACAAAUUUUGUCCUACUGUCAUACAUUUAGACAGGCCCCUUCCUCUAGAAUAUUAGACAGGCCCCUUCCUCUAGAAUAUUAAUAUAGAUGAAAUAGAGCUUUAUAAUUUUAUCCUGUAUGAUAUGUCUGAUUCUGGCUGAAUCUUAAGUUUCAAACUAGGGGGAGAUAAUCUUGUCUGUCAUACAUUGUUUAUGUCUAAAUUGAAUCUCAAAACAAAUAAACAGAUAAAAGGAAGAAAUUUUAGCCAAUUUUCUAUGCCAAAGAGAAAGACUAUUUGCUUUACAAAAAAAAACAAAAAAAACAUGAUGUCAUUUCAUUGAAAGAAAAUUAUUUUGGCAUGUUUGCAAUCUGAAAAGAUAUCAAAUAUUUUUGAACGUAUUAGAUUUAUCAUUAAAAAACAUUCUUUGUUUUAAUUGGUAUAACUAUGAAUGUGAAAAUGUUAUGAAAAUUGUAUAUAAGGUUUGGAAAGGACUCUGGCCAUGGGCCCUAGGUGCAUACAGAUUCUUAAUGGCCAUAGAAAUUUGAAAGUCUUGCAUAGACAAAGAGAAGGUUCAUAAGAAUUUUUAAAACAAUUGUAAAUAACCCAUAAUUAGACUUGGCUUUCUAAAUCCCUGAUGUAAGUUUCUUUAAUCUUGAAUUUUACAUAAAAAAUGUGAUUAUCAUAUGUUUAAAUUUGUUAGGUAAUUCUUAUCAAUAUGUUAAUAAUGAGUUUGCAAAAACAGUUGUCAAUAUCUCAUUAAUUAUGAUUAUGAGAGUGAAAACAAAACAAUGUAGGGUAUUUUUUAAAUUCAUUUACCAGCGGUAUUCAAAUUGAGAAAACUGGACAUAUAUUUUCACAUGAAUAACGUAGACCAUAUAUACUUCAUACUUCUAAAGCUUUUCCUUAACUCUAUGUUGACAUGUAUAGCAUUAUUUUCUAUCAGAAAUAAAGGAAAAUGUGAGCUGAUACCUAAUUCACCCGAGUAUCAAGCCAUUCCAUCAUCCACCCACUCCAAUAUCAAUUUGCUCUGAUUCCCAGUUUUCAAAUUAUUCCUUAACUUGAAAUUUUUCAUAGGAAAGCAUAAAUUAUCUGUUUUUAAAGGGACAAUCUUAAUUAAGGAGCUUUCCUUAAACUUAAAAACGUUCUUGUGGAAAAUAUGAAGUUGAGGGAUUUCCAGGCUUACACUAAUAUUCAGCCUCUCUGACAUUAAACUGCACAUCUGAUGUCCAUUUUAUGCUUAGCUGCAUCUAUUUUCUUAAUGCAGUAUGAAAUGUGAUAAUAGGAGAGUAUUUGUAAUUAAAAGAGUACAAUAACGAGGUUGUGUCUAAUUGUUAAUCUUUGUGUCAUAAUGUCUUUUAUCAUAAGAUGUCCUUUUUUAUUCUAGAUAUAUAUAAACUAUUACAAAUGCAUAUAUAUAUAACUGAUAUAACUGUGAAAUAUACUGGAAAGUGUUCAAUUAGAAUUUUGAAGAAUUAGAAUUUUGAAGGAUUAUGUUAGCAAAACUUUGUUAGAGAUGAAAAGUUGAAAAAAAUGACUCAUAAUAUGAAAUUGCAAGUAGUCGAUAAUUAAAUAAAACUUUUAUCAAAGUUUGCGUGAGCUUUUCAUACUUUUGUAAUAUGAAAGAUAUUUCCUGCUUUCUCACGGUAAAACAAAAAGUCUUUAACCUUAGUGUCUCGUAGUUGUAUUGCACAUAGUCAAAUACUUUCUACUAUAUGCCAUUGGAAGACAUGUACAUUUUGUAUUCAUGUUUUAAUUGAUGAGGUCAUUGACACUCAAGUUAUUUUAUUCUGUAACAAUAAACGGUGGUCUAUUGUAUUGGGUAUUGUUUUACUGAUGAAAAAAUAUAUGGAUCUGUUUUUAAUCGUGAAUUUGUCAGUGAAUUUACUUAUUACAGUUACAUGUAUAUACACUAUACUACUAAAUCCAGGUUGUCAAGUUCAGUGAAUUUUGAACCAGAAAUUUCUAAAUAUUUUGAAAUGUUUGUAGUUUUUCAUGCAAUUCUAUAAAAACAAAUUAAUAAAAUAAUUCUUAUAAUAAUUAAGAAAUGCUUUUUACUUUAUAUAAUUAUGAAAUUUACACAUUUGUUUUUUCAUUUUUUAUUUCAACAUCCUAAGAUGAUGUAACAACUAACCACUCUUGUUCUUUAGAUAUAAUCAUGGAAAAUCUUUGAGGUAUCAUUUAUUACUCAUACAACUUAUUUUUGUUCCAAAAAAUAAUGUUUGUGACAUUAACAAUCAAAAUUGGUUGUACAAAUUUUCAUUAUCUGUAAAAUGUAAAGACUUUUGUAAUCAGGCUGAGUUCAAGUCAUAUCCUCAGCCUGCAUGCAUGUACACCAUGUUUCAUAUACAUAAUUUGAGACGAUGCUUGAAAUCACAUUUCUUCAUACAGUCUAACCCACUUAAGGGUGUAUGCUACCUUUCACAGUUUACUUAUGAUUGAUGUUUUUGAGUUAUCCUCUUUAAUUAAGGAUAUAUGCUUACACUUUAUACCUGUGAUUUUUGUCAGGGUUAUUUCCCUUUAUUGUUCCAUGCUACCUUGCAGGUUGGGAAUUGCAUGUUAAGGUCAUGGUUAUCCACAACUUAAGGUGUCAGUUAUAAUACAUUUGUACAAUGUAUGUGAAAAGAAAAAGAUUUACUUCAAAUAAAACUUUAAAGAACCAUUCA